CAAUUGGGGAAGAUACAAGUGGGGAAGUCUAGUUGGUGUAGCUGCACUCAUUGUAACUGUAGCUCUGACCAGGUUCAAAAACCUCCAUUGAAUGUUUCCAUCUCGUCGAUUUACAAAUAUGCAAUACAAACAAAACAUGUUUUAUGUACAUUAACAAACAAUUAUUGUUUAGGCAGUGGUUGGAUAAUUAAUUCUCUAGAAACCAGGCAAGGUUGGGUAAAAAAUAACACAUUUUUACUGCUGACGCAAUGAUUUUACGACAGUUUAGAUCGGAAGUUGAUCAAGGAUGCUGGCGUUCCUGUGCACGCGAGCAUCAGCGUGGAAUUCUAACUCGAAACUUCUGUGCAGGGAGGCGAAUUUCAUUACUCUUCGCCUAAGCAGCAGUCAAAGAUUUUCUUCCUGUCGAAAAUUAUAUUUGCACACAAGUACAAGUCGGAACUGCGCUUAUAUUUCUGUGCAGACAAAAGGCCUAACUUCGAGACUGACUGAGUUGAAUACUUUUUUAAAUCGUAUCUCCACAUACAGCAAGAAAAUGUCAUCUUCGCACUCAGAUAAUGGGAUGAAGCAGAGAAUGGUAUGGGUGGACUUGGAGAUGACAGGACUGGACAUUGAGAAGGACCAGAUUAUUGAGAUGGCGUGCAUCAUAACAGACUCAGAAUUAAAUGUGCUAGCUGAGGGUCCCAAUUUAAUCAUCAACACAACAGAUGAACUGCUGGACGGGAUGGAUGACUGGUGUAAAGAACAUCAUGGCAAUUCAGGUUUGACGCAGGCAGUGAGGAACAGUAAGAUCACCCUGCAGCAGGCUGAGUACGAGUUUCUUUCUUUCAUCAGACAGCAUACCCCACCAGGCCAGUGUCCACUCGCGGGGAACUCUGUGCAUGCUGACAAGAAGUUUUUGGACAAGUACAUGCCCCAGUUCAUGCACCACCUACACUACAGGAUCAUCGAUGUGAGCACGAUCAAGGAGCUAUGCAGGCGAUGGUUUCCUGAGGAAUACAAGCUUGCACCACAGAAGAAAGCAUCGCACAGAGCACUUGACGACAUUCAGGAAAGCAUCAAGGAACUGCACUUUUACAGAGCACAUGUUUUCAAAUCGCAAGCUGAAGAGAAGAAGCGCAAGUUAUUGCAAAAUGGAGACAGAAACAAAUGUGUGUGAGAGGGUUCCAGGGUUGGGUGAAGAGAAGAAAUGGAGGGGAAAACCAUUGACUGUACAAUAUAGGUUGUUUAGGAAUGGGGAAAACAUUUGAAUUUGAACUUUAAUCCAUGUGUGUUCACGUUUUACUAACUUGGUAAGGACCUUAAAUCCCUACAAGGAUAGGAAAAAUAGAAAAUUGUGACCUUGUGGGGAGGUUUUGCCACUCUUCACAAAGAAAAAGGCACUUCUGGCUUACGGAUUAGGUUUAGGCAAAAGGUUACAACUGGGAAUUGCCAAGAAAACAGUUUUCUGAUUUAACACCCAUCUUCUGUUUUUAUCGCAUAUUUACAUUAGAAUGCAAACCCAGCUUAGUUUCUGGAUUCAGAUGUUCAUUGUUUCAUUUUCAGUUGGGGGGGGUAGUGCGUGUCAAUCCAAAAGUGUCUUGUUUGGUUAUCAAUAUUAUAUGGGAUUGACUAUUAUAUUUUUCAUUGUUGUAAUAUCACAUGGUAACCAACUAAAUAAACUCAAUUAUUGAGCAAUUUU